AUGGAAGAAGUGGUUGUUGUACCUGAAUGUUCUCCCGAUCUGAAGUCUGUUGUAGGUCAGAAAUUCCAAUCCUUGGAAUUUGCUUUCGCUUGCUACGAGGUAUAUGCCCGCACUGUUGGAUUUGAUACGCGCAAACAAGCUAUGAGGAAGGUUGAUGAUGUUACGACGUGGUAUCAAGUUGUAUGCAAUAGGGAAGGAAGGAAGAAGGGUGAUGAAGAUGACCAUUUGAAUGCCCGUUCUGGUUUCACUAUCAAGCGUAGGAAGUUAUCUAAGCGGUGUGGUUGUACGGCUAGUAUAUCGUUCAGGUUUUUCUCGGAAGAUUGCUUGUCAGGUUACAUAAUUCUGGAGUUUAACGACAUUCAUAACCAUCACAUGGUUGAAACGAAACAUCAGCAAUUCAUGUCAAGUAAUCACAAGUUGGAUGAUGUACAUCAUAAAUUCAUCCUCGACUGUUCCAAGGCUAAUAUAGGACCCACGCUCACAUUUAAGGUAUUGAAGGAAAUUCUUGGUGGGUUUGACCUAGUUGGUUGCACUGUUGGGGAUAUCAGGAAUGCCUCACGGGACAUCAAAGCAUACGCACAAGGAUUAGAUGUACAAAUGGUGUUGGAUGAUAUGGCUAAGAAGAAGGAGAUGUCCAAGGCGUUCACCUAUCACUACGAAGUUAACGAAUCCGACCAGUUGGUUGCUCUGUUUUGGUGCGACGGUUUGAUGAAGCAGAAUUACCACAUGUUUGGUGAUAUUGAGUCCUUCGACUCCACAUACAACACAAACAUGUACUGUAUGAUCUUCACCCCUUUCACUGGAAAGGAUAAUCAUGGUAGUCCUGUGACAUUUGCGGCCGGAUUGGUGUGCAGUGAGAAAACGGGGGCAUUUGCUUGGUUGUUCAGACAUUUUGUAGAUUGUAUGGGUGUACCCCCCAGGAUGAUUGUGACCGAUCAAGAUUUGGGUAUGCGAUCAGCGAUUGAAGAGGUCCUAGUUGGCACACGUCACCGUUGGUGUAUGUGGCAUAUAAUGCAUAAGCUGGCUGUCAAGGUACCAAACAUAUUGUUGCGGGAUGGCGAUUUCAAAAAGGAAUUUAACGCUUGUGUUUGGUCGGACCUAGUUGAGCCUGACGAAUUUGAGGAGGAGUGGAAUAGAUUGGUCGAACAUCAUCAGCUAGAGGACAUCGACUGGUUCAACACAUUGUAUGCGUAUAGGAAGUACUGGAUACCGACGUAUUUCAGGGAUUUUCCUAUGGGAUCGAUGAUUAGGACUACGUCCAUAUCUGAAUCAGAGAACAGUUUCUACAAAAAUUUUCUGAAGCCCCGAGCUAACAUAGCCGAAUUCUACUUGAAUUUCAACCACGCCAUAGAAUUCCAGCGGAACAGUAGAACAACUUUGGACUACCACGAUGCCACUGCCAUACCCAUACUAGCAAUGACUCUGCCGUUCGAGAAACAUGCUUCCACGUUGUUUACCGAUAGUAUGUUCAAGAAAAUACAACAAGAAAUUGGGGAGGGUAAUGACAGAUGUCGUGUGCUGGGUUUUAUGUCCGGAGAAACGGUUGACACAUACAAGCUUGGCGAUAGCUAG